AUCAAACUCUAGGACGACUCUGAUCGACAAAACCUCGGAAUAUAUAGACUUUGUACUCCUAUAAAUAUAAGGUUGUUGUUGUUGCCCAGGUUCAUUCCCUCGUCUCCCACAAAUCUGCUUUACAUUUUUUCUUUUUGUUCAGAGAGAUUAAAAAAAAAAAAAAAGUUUAGAAUAGAAAAAGAGGUAAAACUAGCCCACAAAAUAUCAUGAGUUCAACAGCUACUACUAUUACUACUAGUGAGGAAGAAGGAUUUGUUCUUCCAAAUAUUCCAAAUGAGUGGUUAGAUUAUUUCAACCACCAACAAUUCAUGGAGGAUUUCGACGUUCCCUUCGACGGCGGCAUCCCACUUGCGGCUGUUUCCCACGAUACCAGCUUCGAAGACGAUGUAGUUUAUCUGGGCUCCGACAACAUCUAUAACAAUACUUCCCAAGGCGGCGGCUCUGAUACAGCCGCCGGUUUGAAGGUAAGUGGUUCUGCAGGCGCCGCCACGGCGAUCAGCCCGGAGAAUUCAACCGGGGCGAGUAAUAAUCACAUAAGUCAGGUGGAUUAUUUGAGCCCGAAAGCUAAACAGGUGAAAAGAAGGUCUAGAGCUUCCAGGAAAACUCCGACGACUUUGCUGAAUGCUAGCAUCAAGAAUUUCCGAACAGUUGUGCAGCAGUACACCGGAUGCCGGAGCUCGAACUCGGGUUUCAACGGAAACGGAAAAGGGCCGAUCACAUUGAGCUUCGGUCCUCCGAAGAAUGAUUUUCCGGGAUCGCUUGGUUAUGACUAUUUCAAUACCACUCAUGAAAAUCUGGAUGAUCACCAGCAGAUGAUCAACUCAUUCGCUGACUACUAAAUUCCGGCAGCCCGCCUUUCGGAUUUCUUCCUCAAGUAUACCAAUCUGAUUUUUCAGGUACAAAGAAUAUGCCAAACCAAGAUCAAGGAAGGGAGACAAAAAUAUUUUCUUGAUGGUUUUCUUAACAUUGUUCUAGAAUUUUUUCUGUUGCGACUAGGAAUUUAAGUAGUUGAUGGUGCUUUCUUUCAGCAUCGCCGGCGGGGUUUUCUUUCCUUGGUUUAAGAAUCAAGUUUCCACCCUUGCUAUCUAGCUCGUGAAGGAAUCCGUCAUCUUGCAUUGUACAACUUUUGUAGAAAUGGACUGUCUUAAUGGAACAAAAAUUCUUUUGUUUUUCUAGCUCUUCUUGUCUUGAACUUAAAUCUUGAUAAUAAGGAUGCAAAUUUUCUUUAUUAUUAAAUUGUACUUGAUAUAGAGUUAGUAUAUUCGCUGAUAUAGAGUUAGUAUAUUCGCUG